UGCUGAAAAGGAGUCUCGUGAUGUCGAGAGCAAAAUGACAGGGCUCAUUGACGAUAUAGGGGUCUGUCCUCUACCAGAUGGUUCAUGGCUCAUUGACGAUAUAGGGGUCUGUCCUCUACCAGAUGGUUCAUGGCUCAUUGACGAUAUAGGGGUCUGUCCUCUACCAGAUGGUUCAUGGCUCAUUGACGAUAUAGGGGUCUGUCCUCUACCAGAUGGUUCAUGGCUCAUUGACGAUAUAGGGGUUUGUCCUCUACCAGAUGGUUCAGGGCUCAUGGAGGAUCUAGGGGUCUGUCCUCUACCAGAUGGUUCUCCAUCAUUAAAGUAAAAUAUUGCAUAUAUAGUUUUACAUGGUUGCAACAUAUUUUGUUGCUUGAUUGCAUGUAUUUUAUGUCGGCUUGACUAGCUGGCGGAGUGGACCAGUUAGGAAAGUGAUGUUGGCUUGAUCUGAUGUCUUGAGUUCUAGUCAAAUAAAAUAACCUUUGUAGUUAAUGAAAAAGCUGCACUCAUAUUAACCCAUUUAUGCCUAGCGUCCUGAAAAAAGGACAUUGCACACAGGGUAGACCCAGAUGAGACGCUGCAUGAUGUGGCGUCUCAUCUGGGUCUGCGUUGUUUGCUUAAAGGAAUUUCUGUAAGAAAUAUUCUAAACAUAGAAAUAAGUAUACUAAACAUCCCUAAUUUUGGAAAUAAAUUGAUCCAAUUUAGAAGGAUGGGAGAGUCCACUAGGCAUAAAUGGGUUAUGGGUACUUCAAAAAGCUUGAAUAAAUAAGUGUAUUGUCCAUAAAUAAAAAAUAAAUAAAUGGGAAUUGUAUUUUAUAACUUUGUCUUGCACUUGUUUUAAACCGGUUGCUGCUGCAAGAUCCCGUUGAUACCAUGAAUUUGAAUGGACUGAUGAUGACAGUGAUGCUGAAAAAGAUGCCAAGAACGAUUUUGUUGGAGCCAAUGAGUGUUCAAUUACUGCUAGUUGGUUGUAGUAGCAGCACUCCAACUGAUCUAAGGCCUCCUCCACCGUCCAUGUGUCGUACAUCGCAGUUUGAGGGGUCAUCUGUGUCCACUAAGAGAUCCAGAGUGAAACUGCUGUCCAAGUAUCCUUGCCACACAUGGCAUGGUAUGUCUGUGGCCGUGGACACAGCUUGGCAGAAAAAAGCACACACAUUCUUCAUGACUACCGAUAAGACAAAAAGGAAGAAAGUUGUUAAGACCAUUGUAGGGCAUCAAACCUGUGGUGUUUGUAAUUGAUGGCGGCGCAAAAGGCUUGGACUCAAAGUCCGCCCACACAGGUGUGUUCGUAACCACGUUGGAAGUGCAAGAGCCAUGGAGGCUACUAGUGGAGUUCAGGGAGUAAAGAAACUGAUGCAGGAGGGGACACCAGUAGAGUAUUUGGAGGGUGAUGGUGACAAUACUCUCAUUUCUAGAUUGAAAACAGAACUGAAUGUAGACAUGAAGAAGAGAUUUGACAAAAAUCAUGUGGUUAAAACCUUACAAUAAGCUUGUAUAUUAUGUCCAAAGAAAAAAACAUCAAACUCAGUAAGAACACUAUUAUGCAUUUAGAAAAGUGUUUAAAGAAUGUUUUUGCCAAGAACCAGGGCAAUGAAAAGGACAUGAAAGCUAAUCUAGAAGCCAUUGUGCCUCAUCAGUUUGGUGACCAUAGUCCUGUGAUUCAAGAUUCUGUGGGUACAAAAGAAAACCUGGUGAAAAGUUUGUCCACCGCAGUUUGCCAUAUAAGUGCCCACUCAAAGAUGAGGUACUAAGACAGAGGCUUGAAAAGGUGUUCAGUCCUUUGAUAAACAAUGCAAUGCAGUACGUUGAUCUUGGCUCAAGCCAACAGUGUGAACAUGCAAACAAGGAAGUUUCACUGAGAGCACCAAAAAGUCAUCACUACGGCAACUCUGCAAGUUUGGAUUAUCAUGCUCAGGCAACUGCAGCAUUCAUCAAUGAUGGAAGACAGUACAUUUCUGAGAGUUAUUCAAAGAUGGGUUUGUCCCCUGGGGCUCUCACAGACACGUAUGCCACAAAAUGUAUGAAGCCGCGCCUUGACAAGCUACAGAUGGCUAGCUUACCUUCAUCCAAACGUAGACGACUGGUGCUGAAACAAGAGCGCUCUACAAAUCAGGGUGCAAACGAAGCACUUGAGGGGGAUAUGUACAAGUCUGGUAUAGUGCACCAAGACAGCCCUGACACAGAGCAAAUACCAGAUACAAUACCAAAGGGCAUCUUCAAACCAGUAAUCUUGCCAGGGAAACCGACAAUUAUUACAUUUGACCUAGAAACUACAGGACUCAUUGAAGGAAGGGUACUCCCGCAGGUGACUCAGAUUGCAGCAGUGGAACUCCAGUCUGGUAGACAUACGUCACACCAAAAGUUCCAAUAAGUCUAGAGGCUUCACAAGUCACAGGCAUUUCAAUGACUGAUGGGACGAUGACAGUCAAUGGACAAGUUGUGCAGCCAGUGUCAAUACGAGUGGCUGUGGAAAGAAUAAUUUAUUGGCUUGAAAAGUUUCAAAAUGUGGUCUUAGUUGCUCAUAACGGUCGUCGUUAUGAUUUUCCAAUUUUAGUUUCUAUAUUGGUAAAUGUUGGUGCAAUUGAUACUUUUAAUGACUGUGCUUUGAUUGAUUCUUUAUCAAUAUUCAGGCAACUAUUUCCAAAGCAGUCCUUGAAACAAGUUGAUUUAGUUUCCCAAUUGCUUGGUGAAACAUACAAUGCACACGAUGCUAUGGCAGAUGUGGUAGCACUUGGAAAGUUGCUCCAAUUUGUGAAUUUGCCUUCUAAAGAUCUGAUGACCCACAGCUUUUUCCCAUUGGCAGUGUCAAAUAACAUGGCUUUUAACAGUGCUAAAGCCCAGAACUUACCAACAUUGAGCCCACUCAUUUCAUGUGGUGUAAUGAAAAGGCCUAUGGCUGAAAAUAUUGCUGGGUCAGGGCUAAAACUUGUGCAGGGCUAAAACUUGUGCAUCUGGAAAUGCUUUAUAAUCAGGGUGGAGAGGAUGCAAUACGUGAUGUUUUUAUAUAAAAAAUGGUGAAGGCUUGCCUAGGGUCACUAAUUCUAAAAAAGUAUAAGAUGAAGUUGUUCCAAAAAUAUGCAAGUAUUUUAAUGUAUGAUUUGAAAGAAAAUUUCAAAAGCACGUUUUAUUUCAGUACCUUCAGUACUUUUUUCAGUUAUUUCAGGAGUCCGGUUGUGUGCAUUUCUUUCUUUAUUUUUAAGUAACAGUGACCUUACCUUUCAACUAAGGUAAUAAAUAGGGUACUGCAUAAUCUCCAUAAUGCCCUUUAUAUGUGCACAACAUUUUAUCAAAGCACCCUUAGUACUUUUUGAGUUAUUGUAGGAUCCAUUUUGUGUAAUUUUUUGUUUUUAUUAUUCGUAACAGUGAUCUGACCAUUCAGAUCAGAUGAACAAUUUGUACCUUUUUACUAAAUGAACACAUGCUUGUGAGGUAGUGGUCAUUAGAAAUGCAAUCUAACGAUUUUAAAGAUCUCAGUUAACCGAGAAAAAUACUUAGUAUAGAACUUUGUAAUUUUUUCACUUUUUAGACCUACUAAUGCCUCCGCCCCGCCUCCACCUCUCCAACACCAUCCCUACAUUGGUAGAUUUAGCAUAACUGCAUAAUGUAUUAAAUAUAUUUGUUAAGUGAGUAAGAACAUUGAAUGUGUUAACUGAAUUGGUAAAUGUUAUGCACUUUGUUUAUUUUGCAUUUUUUGUUUAUUUUGCAUUUUUUGACCAUUUCCCAUUAUUUUGUUUUGAAUUUCUUUCAAAAUAUUGCUAAUAGUCCUAUUACAUUUUAGUAGAUUUUUCAAAAUAUGCAAGGGCAAGUUGCUUUUUUACAUUUGAUUUAAGCUAAACGCAUGUCCUGGAUAAAAUAUAAAUACUCAAAUUCUAAAGAAACUUAUAAAUAACAUAUACAAAAAUAAAUAAUUGUGUAUGAGUCAUUUUUGCAUACAUGGGUCAAUUUUGUUGUUUUGAAGGACCUUACAUAAUAAAAUAUUGUUAUCUCUCAAUUGUCUUGUAUUAUAUUAUAUUAUAUUUUACCA